GGGUCACGUCUUUAUCGAUAGACGAUCGUUUGGCAGAUACAAUGCCCCCAUGGUAGGAUGCGGUGUGGAUGCAUCGCGAGAUGAUGGAGCAGGCACAGGCGGAUCGGGGAAGAGGGAAGGCGGUUGCAGAAGACCAGCACGAUAUUCUCGACGAGUGGGCGACAUUGGACCCUCACACGGACCUCGACUCGUACGCUGAUGGCAGUUUCCAAGCAGUGAGGACCCUCUGGAGAAGGGUGGGAGGCCACGUCGAUGUCGAGGGUCUAUUGGCGACAGACGAUGUAGAGGGGGUAAACGAGGACAUCGAGCGCCGCCACGACGACAUCCUUGCCUCGACUUCACAACCACUGGUGGCGGAGAUAGGGUCAUUAGGCUCCACAACAUCACAAUGCGUCAAUCAUCCCUCGUCCUCCCGUUUUGCAGGGCCGACCGCCGUCGACUCCAGAGGUCUGGAGCCACAUGAUUCUGCCACGUUAGGUUCCCUUGCUUGCACCGUCGACGUGCGUGGGACUGGCGGAUCUUCACAGGGUACAGUACACCGUGCUGCGGUGCACAGGGCAGGGCAGAGGCGUAAUGAUAGCAUGGACGAGAGGGCAGAUCAGGCAGUGGAGCACAGGGCACAACACAGGGAGCGGGUGCAGCAGGUGGCAGAACAACUCUUAGAGCGUCCGGGGGUCAGACAGAGUGUCGUGCAGACGGUGGAUUGGAGGGCGGAUGUGGUUGCAGAGGAUUUGAUGGGGCACAGGGUUGAUCAGAAAGUGGGUGACAGCACAGAAUGUAGAUUGUACGAGAAUGCACACCCGAGGGACAAGGACGAUGUUCGACCAAUAGUGGUGCAGACUGUAGAGCAGCGAGUGGGGAAAGGUUUGGCUGGGACAGUGGAACAGAGGGUGGACCAAAGGGUACAUCCAUGUGCUCCCCUUGCUGCAGAUCGUUGGGUGGAGCAGAGGGUGGAACAGAGGGUGGAAGUUAGGGUGGAUGUGAAUGUGGAGCAGCAAGUGGAUCAGGGGCGAUCAGACAUUGCACGUGAGAGAGUGAGUGACAGGAUUGACGAGAGUGUCGUUCGAGAUGAGGGCGUUGUGAUGGCGGAGGACGGGAUGAAGGACAGGACGGAGGAGACGGGCAAGGAUCCCCCGCAGGAGAGCCGUGCUCGAGACAUCACACUCACUAGGGGUUCAUUCUACGGGAUUCCUUCGCCGUCCCCAAGUGCCGCACAAUCGUCGCAGGGGGUGGAUCUUGGUGUACAUUGCAUGUCGCUAGCACAUCGCGUGGCAGCUCAGGAGCGAGCAUCUGGAGGAGGUAGGGGAGCUCUCGACAGCGUCUCCAGUAAGGCGAUGCAGGGUGGGGGACGCAGCUUGUCAGAGACUGGCGAUGUUGCGGAGGGGAUUGCAACAGGAGUUGGUGUUGCAGUAGGUGUCCAUACAAGAUCUCGAGCAGCCAGUAGAGAAAUGCGAAAAACCUCUACUCGUGUGUUGGACGAUGAUCCUGAUGAGAAUGAUGAUGGCAACACCUCAGAUGAGAUGUCCGGCAGCGACUAUGCGGAGGAGACACGUAUGAGGGGUCAGGAUGAGGCAGGAGAUGACGACAACUUCGAUGACACCAGCGACAUGGCGGACUAGUGGGAUAGUGUCCGUCCAUCUGCGUGCAUUCGUCUUUGGGGUGUGGGAGGCGGUGGAGUGUGGGGGACGUGUUCGGACUCUUUGGGGGGUGGGAGGCGGUGCAACGUGC